ACCUCCAUCACCCACUACAAGUCUCCCACUACUCCCACUUUGAUCAUCAUCCUAUACAUAAAUCCCACAUAGGCAGUUGAUCAUUUUUGAUUCUACCCGGUGAACAGUUGUUGCGCUGAGGGAAAAUGAUGAGAACAAGCUCCAUGUGCUACUCUAACUUCCAAGUACCCAAGUUUUGCAAAACGUUAAGGUACUUAGUACCAUCUAUUCGAUUAGCAUCUUUAGGAAGAACUUGGGCACAAAACUUUAAGGUACUUACCACUAGUAGUACUACUCAUGAAUCAUCUGCAAACUGCUUCAGAAGCAUACAAUACUCUGAUGCUCAAGCUAAGAUAAUUUUGGACGACAAAAUUGUAAAGCCGCCUCCUGUUAAUGUGUUGGUUUUUGAUAUUGAAACCACUGGACUUCACCCAAAGAAAGGAGGAAUCAUUGAAAUCGCAUUCCGGGAUGUUCAAGGUGGCAAGAACAGUUGUUUCCAGACCCUAGUAAACCCCGAGCAAGAUGUUCCAAAUUCUGAUAUCCAUGGUAUAAGGACUGUCAUGGUGAGACGUACAGAUGUCCCAACGUAUGUAUAUCUUUCAACACCUUCAAUUAAGCAGAUGAAGGAAUUGAUUCCAUUCCUUCUCCAAUACAUCCAAAGCCGCCAAGUGCUUGGAGGGCAAGUUUUGCUUGCUGCUCACAAUGCAAGACGUUUCGAUGUACCCUUUUUGAUUGAGGCAUUCAGACGCUGCUCAUUGGAUAUUCCUCAUGACUUGCUGUUUCUCGACACCCUCCCUCUGGCACGAGAAGUGAUGAAACUGUAUGGACCAAAGGCUUCUAGAAAGCUCUCACUUCAGGCACUUGGUGAGUUCUAUAGGAUCCCUUUAGAGGGUUCAGCUCAUAGGGCCAUGACAGACGUGAACUUGCUGACAUCUAUACUUGCGAACAUGAUUUCCGACCUGAAGCUUGGUUCCACUGACCUUUUGCAAAGAACUUUCAAGGCUUCAGAUGUGAAUAACUCGAAGAAGAACGAGAAGAAGAGCUGAAGCUUCUAUGGCCAUGUAAAAAUUUAUGUGAUGAUUAUAAAUUUUUAAGACUGGAUGUAGUUUAUUCAUGUAGAUAAG